UCUACCAUGGCACUGGUUAUGGAGCCUGUGAGCAAGUGGAGCUCCAGUCAAGUGGUUGACUGGAUGAAAGGCCUGGACGACUGCCUGCAGCAGUACAUCAAGACCUUCGAGAAGGAGAAAGUAGGGGGGGACCAGCUGCUGCGUAUCACCCACCAGGAGCUGGAGGAUUUGGGAGUGUCCAGAAUUGGACACCAGGAGCUUAUACUGGAGGCUGUGGACUUACUCUGUGCUCUGAAUUACGGGCUGGAGACUGAGAAUCUGAAGACUCUCUCUCAUAAGCUUAAUGCAUCUGCCAAGAACCUACAGAACUUCAUCACAGGCAGGCGGCGCAGCGGACAUUACGAUGGCAGAGCCACUCGUAAGCUACCCAAUGACUUUCUUACCUCUGUGGUGGACCUGAUCGCUGCAGCCAAAAGCCUUUUGGCGUGGCUGGACAGGUCUCCAUUUGCUGCAGUGGCAGAUUACUCUGUGACCCGAAACAAUGUGAUCCAGCUUUGUCUUGAGCUCACGACAAUUGUACAACAGGACUGCUCUGUGUACGAAACAGAAAACAAAAUCCUGCAUGUGUGUAAAACUCUGUCUGGAGUUUGUGACCACAUUAUCUCUCUGUCCUCGGAUCCCAUGGUGUCCCAGGCUGCGCAUUUGGAGGUUGUGCAGCUAGCCAACAUAAAAUCCACUGAAGGAUUGGGCAUGUAUAUCAAAUCAACAUAUGAUGGUUUGCAUGUAAUCACCGGGACGACAGAGGGAUCCCUGGCUGACCGCUGUAAGAAAAUCCAUGCUGGAGAUGAAGUCAUUCAGGUUAAUCAUCAGACAGUGGUGGGUUGGCAGUUGAAGAACUUGGUGAACUUGUUGCGUGGGGACCCUGCAGGUGUCACCCUGACGCUGAAGAAGCGCCCGCAGAGCACGCUUACCUCAACCCCUGCUCUGCUCAAAAACAUGAGAUGGAAACCGUUGGCUCUGCAACCAAUCUUCCCCCAGAGCCCCGGCAGCAGUGUCGCCACACCCACCAGCACUUUAAGCACUCCAUCCAGGAGGAGUAGCUGUGCCCUGCAGGACCUCUUCAUACCCCCACCUCCGGCAGAGCCAUACACACCCAGAGAUGACAAGGGAAAUCUGCCAGGUGACGAUCUGCAAUCGGACAUCCAUGUCGCAGAGGGAUCUGAAUCACCAAACUCCUACCUAGACCAGGAGUGUCGGCGGCGAUUUCCUCUGGUGGAGGAGGAUGCCAUACUGUACUGUUACGAGUAUGACCAGAACCAAGAGGUGUCAUCAGUGCGCAGGGGGAGCACUCCCACCUAUGGCAGGCUCAGGCCCAUCUCAAUGCCAGUGGAAUACAACUGGGUGGGAGACAACGAAGACCUGGCCAAGUUGAAGAGAGAGAGCCGGAGAGAGAAUUCCUUACUGCGUUUUGCAAGUGAGGAUAAAACUCCAGGAGAGGACUUCCUGCUGGGACGCAGCCUGAGUCAGAACAGGAGGAAGACUGAGCGAGGAGGGAGCCCCACCCAUUACACGCUGGUCCCUGCCCUCCAGAUGGAAGUCUCCCUGUCCACAUCCAGCUCUGACUCUGCGUCCCUCUACCAUGUGUUUGAGCGAUCCUCACUGCUGUCAAGAUCAAAGAAGAAGAGUAAAGCUGAAAGCCCCAUGUCUUCAAUCAGUAAGCGACGGAUUUCCUGCAGGGACUUGGGUCAGGGGGACUGCGAGGGCUGGCUGUGGAAAAAAAAGGACGCUAAAACAUAUUUUUCGCAGAAGUGGAAGAAGUACUGGUUCAUCCUGAAAGACACGUGCCUGUACUGGUACAUGAAUGAGGAGGAUGAGAAGGCAGAGGGCUUUGUCAGUCUCCCAGAGUUCAAGAUUGAUCGUGCCACUGAGUGCAGAAGGAAGUUUGCUUUCAAGGCUUGCCAUCCGAAGAUAAAGACCUUCUACUUUGCAGCGGAAAACGUAGACGACAUGUCCCGGUGGCUGAGUCGUCUCAGUAUGGCAGUGGCUGGCUACUCCGAGCAGGAGAAAAUUCGGCAGGAACAAGAUUACUGGAGUGAGAGUGAUCACGAGGACAUGGAGAUGCCCUCGAUGCCAAAACAGGACAGUCCGCCACCACCUUAUGACACCUAUCCCAGAGCAUCCUCAGUGAGUCCAUACUUGGAACCAAAACGUGGCCAUCUCUCCUCCUCUGACACAUUCCAGUCCCGUUCUUCUCAUGAAGAGUUCCACUCUGAGCCUCAGGAGGGAAGCAACCACAGCAUCUCCCCUGGGCAGAAGACGAGCAGCCAUCGAAACUCUUGGCAGGAGCAGAUGGAGAGCAGCACCAGGAUGCAUUACCUCCAGACAUUUCCUGUGGAGGAAUCCCUGCUACCUGAGGACAGAGACCAACUGGCAAUGGAGUACCGCAGGCAGUCCACCCUGCCUGCACCACGCAGCCUGCUGCAAGAACAAUACAGAGCCCUGCCUCUGCCCCUCAGAGCCAGUAUCGAUUCAGAGGCAGGAGGAAAACCCCGCAGUUUCACGCUACCCAGGGACAGUGGGCUCCACGCUAUCCUUGCCGCCACCGCCGCUGUAUCGGAUCCAAGAGAGACCCAGCACUACCAUCUGGACCGGGCCAGAGACACAGGCCAUGGACGAGACUGCAGGAUGCAGGCAGACUCUCUUGGGGAUUUGUACCGGGCUCUGGAGCAGACAAGUCUGUCCUCCUCGGCUGACCACAGAUCAGCCAGCCGCCUGGAGUAUAAGCGCUCAUUUGUCCGCCGAGUUAAUGACCCCCUGCUAAAUGACAAACUUCAUCGCCUCCGGAUCCUCCAUAGCUCAUUGAAGAAUGUCCCUCUUCAAGACACAAACCGGUCGUUGGGUUUUUUAGGGUAGCCUGAGAGAAUCAGUGUGUUGAUAAAACCUUGACCGUAUUGCCUCUGCCUGUGCCUCACACAGCUGGCAUCCCCUUGCUGGAGAUAAAAGGCACCAAAAACCAUAAUUUCCCUGCUCGGCUCUCCAUCUCCUCUCCUUCUACUGCUCGUUCAACCUCACUUGCUGUGUGGGAGCACAAAGACAUGGUGUCCCUCUUCGCCCGAUCUCACUCUCUUAAAGAUGACGGCUCUCAAAAAAGGCAAAAAAGAUGUCUGGCUCGAUAAAGUAACUUGUAGAGUCACAGGGUUUCUGAACAGCAAAUAAGCACUUUGUGUCUGCAUCGAGGACUUGAUGGAAAGCUUUGUAAUUCAUCGCUCACAUGCAUGGCCGCCCCCCUUCGCUUCUGGUGAAUCGUUUUCAACAUCAUGCUGGAGUUGUGUACAGCUGCCCAGUAAGGUUUGAUGGGGGAAUUAAAAGCAAAGCUAUUUUGGAUGUACACAAAAUUUUGUUAUGCAUGUGUGUAUGAUUAAUGAGUAUGUUCUGAGUGUACAGGGUGUUAAACAUAUAUAUACAUAUUGAACAUUACAUUACUACAACAACAACGUUUUGGGGUACUUACAGUAUAAAAUUGUAAAUCAAGUGCUGUGCCUCAGUGAUUGUGAAUGUACAUUGUACUUUUCAGAGAGAGACAAGGGAAGAUAUAGAAAGCAAGCUAUUCCUCAAAACAGGAGCACAAAAAUAUAAUGCUUGGCAAUAAUGAACUAGUAUUGUAAAUUACUUAAGGAAUGAUCAGAAUAGUUGUCUAUUUUUGUAUGCAUGCUGUCUACCUGAUUGUUUGUAAAACAGUUUUGUAUUUCUAAGUGUGUUUGGUCCAGAGAAUCCUGGUGUCCACCCCUCUACCACAUUGUCUUUUUAAGACUUAUUUUACAAUUUACCACAGAAAAGUUGAUUUUUUUAAGUGUUCACAACAAAAAGAAGAAAAAUUGUAUUUAUUAAGUGUUUAAUGUACAAGCAUGCUUUGUAUAACUAAAACACAUUAUUACCAUGCCAUUUGAAAUUGACUGACAUUCCUGAGGUGUGCCAUAUUGUAGCUACAUUACUUUUUUAUUAAAUAAAGUAUGGCAUGGGCACACAUUAGACCCAUUGUUAAAUGUUUUUUUUCUCAUAAUCACAUUUAAAUGACUAUUUUUAGACAUAACUCCAGGCAGCCCAACAAGGUUUACUCAGAGGAUGAUAAUAAUAUGCACAUACACAACA